AUGUUUUUUAAAUCUAAAAAAGAUAAUGAAGAUAUUCCAUUUCUGUAUGCUGCUGCAGUGGAAAAAUCGAAAAAAGCCAAAAUAGAAGGCUAUGUCGAAAAUAUCGUUCCCAGAUACAACGACAUGGACUUUAAGUCUCAUUUUCGUCUUUCUAGAAGCACUGUCGAAAGGUUAAUGGAACAGCUUCCUGAACAAAGGACUGGCCCUGGUCGAACAGGACUAAGAGAAACAUCACUACAAACAGUUGUAUUGAUGUCUCUAUGGUUGUUAGGCAAUCAGGAGUCGUUUCGUGGCGUUGCGGACAGAUUUGGAAUAAGCAGAGGACAUGCCUAUAGAGAAUUUGUAUAUUUUAUUAAAACCGUGUCUUCGUUAAGAUCUAAAAUUAUUGUUUGGCCCAAAGGUGAAAAAGCUAAAAGCACCAUAAGGAACUUUGAGACCUUACGAGAUAUAAGCUUUCCAGAUGUAAUUGGAUGUAUAGAUGGAGCCCAUAUAUCGAUAUCAGCCCCAAAAGCAUCAAAAAAUGCAUAUUUUAAUAGAAAGCAGUAUACAUCUGUAAUUCUUCAAGCAGUAUGUGAUUCCAAAUUAUUGUUUACAGAUGUGUUUGCAGGGUGGCCAGGAUCUUCACACGAUUGCAGAGUUUGGAGCAACUCACCACUCUGUGAAGCCCUAGAAAAAAACCCUAUGAUUCCAGAAGGGGCCCAUCUCCUUGGAGAUGGAGCUUAUCCGCUUUCUUCAAGUAUGAUGAUACCCUAUAAAGACAAUGGUCAUUUGACAAGGAAAGAGAAACUUUUUAAUCAAAUUUUAAGUUCGAGUAGGGUCGUCACUGAACAAGCAUUUGGACAAUUAUUUGGGCGAUUUAGAAGACUAAACCAUUUGUUUAUGUUUAGAGUUGAUCGAAUCCCCCAAGUUAUUGUAACAGCGUGUAUUCUGCAUAAUUUAUGCAUUUUAGAGAAUGGUGAAUUUUUAGAUGUGUUUGAUAAUGUUUCAUCAUCUUGGAAUACAACUGUCCCUGUAAAUUUUUCUCAAAGAACAGAAGUGAAUAGAGUUGAUGGAGUAAAAAAAAAGAGAACACAUUGCUAA